CGCGCGUGUCUGUGUGUCUCUCUGUCUGUUUGCCUGUCAAUCUGUCUGUCUCUCUCUCUGUGUUUCCCUGUGCCUUCCUUGAAUUAUAGUAGAUACAGCUAUUUAUUCACCUCCAUUUUGUGUAUCCUCCCCAAAACACCCCAACACUCACUCUAGAUAGAAUUAGACAAAAUGACCAGCUACCAGGCCAAUUGAAGAAUGACUGCCCAAAUACACGUUAACUGGCAGUUGAUAUCAGGUUUUAAUAGUUUUGCAAGCUGUUCCUGUUGGCUGCACACAGGGUAUUUGAUUUACAAUUCAAACUGGGAAGCUCCAACAUGUCUGACAGCACACCCUUGGGACAUGCUUGGAGAUUUUCCUUUGAACGGUCCGAGUCUGUGAUCACGAGUGCAGAUUAGUAUGUAAUCUUUGGUAAAUGUACUUCCAGAUUCAAGUACAGCGCUAAAAUAUCGGCAAGUGGCUAUAUUUUGACAAAACAUUUUUUCAUUUUGGGUGAGGAUGACAGGGUUACAUGAUAAAUAAACGGAGGAUCAUCAGCAACAGCCAAUAAGCGUUAAAUUAUAUUUUCCAUCAUGAGUGAAAGUCAUGGAUGAAUGUUUGAAGCACACAUAUAUGAAAGGUUGCAGACAUAAGCCAUUUAAGUUAUCAUUAAAAAAAACUGAAACGUGUAAAGAUAUAAAAGGAAACGUUGGAUGGAGGAAAACGUGCGUGCAUGCAGCGUUAUAAUGGACAAUAUUCAGAAGUACUCCGGUUUGCAUCCGCAAUUUAGCUGUGCCCCACGCACAGAGCUUUGUUGCCCGCUGCAGGCAGCGCGCGGGAACGGCACAAGAAACGGUGUAACGGGAGAGCGGAGCGCGGCGAGCACAGAUACUUUCUAUGUCACUGCUGCAGAAAGAUUGAAGUGAGAUUCGUUCACAUACCUAUAUGCACGCCUAGAGAAAAGGGGACAGUACUUAAACUGGUGUAUGUAAGAGCUGUGCGGCAUUCAAAUUUCAACAUCACGCACUAAUUACUUGUUUCCAGAAAGCCUAAACAUAUCUGAAGAGCGAAUACAAAUUGUUUAUAAGAUGAAACAAAUCAUAUCCCACCCUCCAAUCUUUCAGAUGCAUAGUCAGACGCAUCAAGAAUUCAUCAUAUUCGAUAGCCAAAAAAGAAAAGUUGUGAAACUUUGCUUGAAUGAGCAUAUACGUACGAAUGGGCUCCACAUUAUUACAUGCCGUCAUCAUUCUCUCCAGGUGCACCGUGCGUUCCAGGGGCCACAGCUCCAAUGCUGUCAUUAAUGGUCUACCCCAAACAUUGGGGAGCGCUCUGGCGCGCGCUCCCGGUGCGGCACUCGGCACGCUCAUCCACCCGCACCUCCUCCCUCUCAACCAUCACCAUCGACGCUACCAACGCCAACGUCUCUCCAAUCUCGCUCCCUCUCCCCUCCCUUCGCUGCUUUUUUUGCUCCCUUUUCCUCAAGCUCGUUUCCGUGACGCCUGAAGAGUCUUGAUCAGGAACGGUUCUUCGCGGCAUGAUCCCGCAUCCAAGCGAUGCUGGUGCACCAGGGGACGAGACGCCUCUCGGAGCAAAACCUGAGCUACAGCUUUUCCCGGCACUGUUGAGUUCUCGGUCGAACUAGGGGACCUGCAUCAUAAACAAACCUAUAGAAAAGCUGGACAUUACAUGCGCAUCACGUCUUCAUUUUUUCUCUUUUGCCUCAGUCACAGCGAGAGAGAGAGCGAGGGAGAGAUACAGAGAGAGAGAGAAAGAGAGAGAGAGAGAGAGAUACAGAGGGAGUGAGAAAAGAGCUGAGGAGAUGGUGGAGAGACGAGAUCCAACAAUCUUUUAACUAGUGUUUUUUCUCGGAUGUUACUAAAUGCCUCCUCCAAAGAAGCCAGCAAUCUGACGCUAUCUCGGACUGCCCAUCUCGACAUCCACUCGAUUCGGGAGAUGUAAAGUUGAAACCCAUUAAAACCGAUGCUGUGAAGUGGCUCUUAGCCGUAGCUUCAUCAGGUCUCGGCGGAAGGAUGCUGUGGGUUACCCUGCUAAGCACAAUAGCUUUAGGAUGGACUACGCCGAUCCCCAUGCUGGACGACUCAGAGGAGGUAGACGAGCCUUGCUUUGACCCCUGCUACUGUGAAGUGAAGGAGGGCAUUUUCCACGUUCACUGCGACAGCAAAGGAUUUACAAAUGUCAGUCAAAUAUCCCAAUCAUGGACGAGGCCCUUCAAGCUCAACCUACAAAGAAACUCGAUGCGCAAGUUGUACUUUAACAGCUUCCUGCAUCUAAACAACGCCAUAUCACUUAACCUUGGAAACAACGCGUUACAGGACAUUCAUGUUGGUGCGUUCAAUGGUCUGAGCAUUUUGAAAAAGCUUUUCCUGCACGAAAAUAAACUGGAGGUGUUCAGAAACGAUACUUUCUUGGGCCUGGAAAGCCUAGAGUACCUCCAGGCUGAUUAUAACGUAAUUAAAAGAAUAGAGAGCGGGGCAUUUAGGCACCUGCACAAACUCAGAGUGCUGAUUUUGAAUGACAAUUUGAUACCCGUUCUACCCAAUAUGUUAUUCAGGUCUGCCUCUCUCACGCACCUUGACCUACGCGGUAACCGGUUAAAGAUUCUGCCUUACAAGGGCACGCUGGAGUUCAUUGGCCGCACUCUCAUGGAGAUCCAAUUAGAAGAAAACCCGUGGAACUGUGUGUGUGAGAUUGUGCAGCUUAAAACGUGGCUUGAACGUAUUCCUUAUACAGCGUUGGUUGGUGAUAUAACGUGCGAGCACCCCUUUCACCUCCAUGGCAAGGACCUACGCGAGAUUAAACAAAGUGAGCUGUGUCCCUUGCUGUCAGAGGCUGAAGUGGAGGCUAAACUUGGCAUCCCCAAAAUACCGUUCAGUAACGAGAACACGUGGCCCACCAAACCCUCAUCAAUGCUGUCUUCAUUUCACAACACUGCCUCGUCGGUGGAGUACAAAGAGAGACCCGUAAAGCCAACAAAACGACCCAAACCCACCAAAACUCCACCGACUCCACGCAGUAUUUACCCCGGGCCAAAUCAGCCACCUAUGGCUGGUUAUCAGACAAGACCGCCCAUUCCUAUCAUCUGCCCAGCGGGAUGUAUCUGCAAUUUACACAUCAAUGAUUUAGGGCUCACCGUCAAUUGUAAAGAGAAAGCCUUUCAUAACAUAUCUGAACUGUUGCCGCGUCCAUUAAAUGCCAAGAAACUGUACCUGAGUGGAAACUUAAUACAGAAAAUUUACAGAUCAGAUUUCUGGAAUUUUUCCAGUUUGGAUUUACUACACCUGGGUAACAACCGGAUAUCAUACGUUCAAGAGGGUGCAUUCAUUAACCUGCCUAACUUGAAAAGCCUAUAUUUAAAUGGCAACGACAUCGAGAAGCUAACUCCGGGCAUGUUUCGUGGACUUCAGACUCUGAGUUACUUGUACUUUGAGUACAACGUUAUACGAGAGAUUCAGCCUGCCGCAUUCAGCCUGAUGCCGAAUUUGCAGCUGGUCUUUCUGAAUGACAACCUGCUGCGCACGCUGCCCGUUGAUGCUUUCGCUGGCACCUCGCUGGCCAGGCUCAACCUGCGCAACAACUACUUCCUCCACCUGCCAGUCAGCGGGGUCCUGGAGCAUCUGCACUCCAUUGUCCAGAUUGACCUACACCAGAACCCGUGGGACUGUUCCUGUGACAUCAUCCCGCUCAAGCAGUGGAUGGAGAAGCUGAGCUCUGUCAUUGUCGUCGGGGAGGUGAUCUGCAAGACGCCCAACUUCGUUUUCGGGAAGGAUCUGCGCUCCCUCGACGCCGAGGUCAUCUGCCCCGAGCUGAAGUUCACGGCUCCCUCCGCCGCUUCUCCCAACGACAUUACAUCCACCAGCACUUUCGGAUUAGGAUACGCCCCAGCAACUGGCGCUGUCCCUCUCUCGGUGCUGAUUCUGAGUCUUUUGAUACUGUUUAUCUCUUCUGUGUUUGUGGCUGCUGGUCUGUUCGCCUUCGUCCUAAGAAGACGGAAGAAACUGCCCUUCAGAAAGCGACAGGAGGUGGACCUGACCGGCAUCCAGAUGCAGUGUAGGAUAUUUGAAGAGCGGCAGACAGCCUCGCCAGAGAAACCGCCCGGCCAUGUUUAUGACUACAUCCCCCAUCCCGUUACACAGAUGUGCAACAACCCCAUAUACAAACCACGAGAGGGAGAGGGCGAAGAGCAGUUUGCAGAGACCAAGGAAAACAACAGCAAUUAUCGAACUCUGCUUGAGAAGGAGAAAGAAUGGACGAUGGCUCUGUCCAAUUCUCAGCUCAACACCAUCGUCACCGUCAAUCAGGCGGGUGAAAUAGCGAGUUUUCACGAAAACGGGGGGCUUUGCCCCACAGUAAUAGACAGCCAGAGACCUACCCCUACGGUGGGGUUUGUAGACUGCCUUUAUGGCACAGUUCCUAAAUUAAAGGACAUGCACGUUGCGCACGCACACCCCCCAGGAAUGCAAUAUCCCGAUUUACAGCAAGACGCCAGAUUAAAAGAAACAUUUCUUUUCACCGCGGGUAAAGGAUUUCCCGACCCGACCCAAAGCGAAUACCUCGAGUUAAGGGCCAAACUCCAAACCAAGCCGGAUUACCUCGAAGUGUUGGAGAAAUCAUACCGAUUCUAACCUGAGAAUACUUUUUUCUCGAUAGCCCAAAAAGAAUAUGGAACAACAAAAAAGCAGCAUGACGAAAAACAACAAAAUCAUAUAUAUAUCACAACAAAUAUUUUCCCCCAAGUGGUUUUGGAGGAAAGGCCAUACUCAGAUAUUCAAUGAAGUGCCUUUUUCAGAGUAGCCAGCAAUGUUAUCAACCCUUAUUUUUAUACAAAACAGAUUUUUGGUUGCGCAAUGGGAGACAUCCGGAGCGUGUAAUUCUAAGUAUUAGACGAAGCCUUCACGCAGUGAGAGCGCUCACAUGGCUCGUUGUGGGGAUCUGCGAGGAGCAGGAUGUCUCCACGGCUUGUCUCUCACGCGCGGAUAUUUGCCCAAGGUCUGGCACAGUUUGUAGAAUAUUGCAGUUUGCUGCAUGCACUCAACUGCAGGGGUGGGGAUUGCUCCAAACUAUCACUCACGUCUAAUAGAGAUACUGCAACGCAUUAUUGUUCAGUGGUCUAUUUAAUUUUAUAAUAUUAUAAAAACAGACAAAAAGAGUGUCUCUCUCAAGGACUCACCCAAGGAUCAACAUUUGUGAAUAUAUAAUGACUCUGAAGAUUUUAUGGAAUUCAACGCACUUUCUUAAGAAAAAUGCUUCUGGAUAUUAUCACUAACGGCUUUGUAGGAAGCACUUUUAAUGUUUUCUCUCACAAAGAUUUGAAAAAAUGUGCAUAUAUUUAUUCUGUAAUUUCAGUGAAAAAUUUAACUUGUAAAGGUAAUGUUAAAUCAAUGUAUAGUGAUUAUGCGUCUGGUAUAGCCUUCUUAAUAAAAAACAAACUCUUAAAUCAAA